AUGCAGCAGCUUGUAGCUGGGGCCGGCGCCCUGGCCCUGGUGGUUGCAGCCGUGGUUGCCAGCUUCUCUGAAGCGGCGGCCCCCGCCUUCAGCGGCGGCUGGUGGCGCUGCUGGGCUGCAGCGCUCGCACUGGCAGGCCUGGCCUCCCUGUUCAAUGAGUCACAUGUGGGCCUCGUGCAGGGCGCAGCAGCCGCGAUCCCGGCAGCGCUGUGCACGCGCCUGCGCAGCAGCUGGCCCAGUCUCGCUCCAUCGGCGCUGGCGCCGUCCGCCGCGCCCGCUGGUGCCGGCGAGGCCUCCGGCCCUGUGGCCCUGCCGGGGACGGCAGAUGCGGGUGCGGCAGCCGCGCCGGCGCCCGAGUCGCUGGGCCCCCUCGUGGGCGCUGCCCCGGCCGCCAGCGGCCCGCGGUGCCUGCUUGUGAAGACCGCGCUGGUCCCCGCACCGCCCAGUGCCGCGCAUGCGCCUGUCGCCGGCGCCGCCCCCUCUGCCGGCAUCGACCUCGGGGUGCUGCAGCAGCUGCUGCGCCAGCACCAGCGCAGCGCUGCGGACUGCUCGGCGUCGGGGCGGGACCAAGAUGCCACGCGUGGCUCCCUGUAUCACUCGCCCCUGCGGCACGUGUUCGUAGGCGCCAAGGUGCGGGACGAGCCGCCACACGCUCAAAACUACGCCUCGCGCCUCUCCAGCGAGGUGGCAUCCUCCCUCGGCGCCGCCAUGGCGCAGCACUUGGCCCCUGCCAGUACCGGCGCAGCCGCCGCGUCGCCGCUGCGCCUGCCCACCCUCGUACGCACCAUCGUCCUAGAGGGCUGCGUGCAGCUCAUCGCCUGGGCUGUCGGCGCGCGACCGCCCCGGCCCCCGUAUGAGGAGCCCCCGCCGGCAGCCGCCGACGACGGCGGCGCCCCGCAGCCGGGGCAUGUGCAGCGCCGCGAGCAGGAGGUGCUGCAGGGACUGCUGGCCGGCAGCGGGCUGCUGCGCGCCGCCGCCGCCGCCACGCUCCAGGCCGGCGCCACGGUGGCGACGCUGCACGGCGCCGCGCGCGCGCCGUCGUUCGCGCCGCUCUGCGGCCGCGCCGCUGGCAGGGGCUCCAUUGGUGCUGGGGGUCGCGUCGGCGUCGACCUUGGACUGCUGUACGCGUGGCCGUGCUGCCUGCCCACGGCAGCUUCGUGCGGCGACGGCGCUGCCGUGGCGGCCCCCACCUACGUUGAGCUCCGCCUUGCGCCCGCCAGCGCCGCGGCCGCGGCGGGCGUGCGGUGGCUGCCGGCGCGCGCGCUGCUGUCUGACGGCGCCGGCGUUCUGCUCGACGCACCCCUGGUGCUCGACACCGCGCGGCCUGUCGCCAGGGUGGAGCUGCCCCCCCACCUCGCGCUGCAGCAGGGCGCCUACGAGCUCUGCAUCCUGUCAGGGCCAACACCAACAGCAACCAACGCCGCCACUGCUGCGCCGCCGGCGCCGCCAUCGCGCCGGCCCAGCCUCCUGGAAGCGCUCGCGUACCCUUUGGCUGGCGCCACGGCCUACGUCGGCCGCUGCACCUGGGGAACCAGCGUCAUGCAAGACAGCGCCGCAGACAUGCCCGGUGCCGCGGCCGGCGCCCGCGGCGGCGCCGCCGCGCGGCGCUAUAGCGGGCCGUCGGGGCCCUCACUCUGCGGCUUCUUGGGCGCCUCGAAGGGGGCCGCCAGGGCCGCCGCGCCGCCAGAGGGCCACGAGGGGGCCGGCGCUGCUGCUAUCGCGGGGGCGGCGGCCGCGGCGGGCUCGCUGCCGCCGGACGGCUGCGUUCUUGCGUCGCUGCCGCUGCUGGUGCUGCCGGGCGCCGCCGCGGCGGAGCUGUCCAGUCUGCUCGACACCAUGGCCGCGGAGGAGGAGGCCCGAGACUCGGCGGCGGGCGCCUCUGCGUCUCUAACCCUGCCCUUCGUCGGUCAAAGCCAGCCCCUCGCCGCCGCGGCGCCGUCCGCGCUGCCCGCCCUGCUGCGCCGCAUGAGCGGCGUUCUCGGGCUGCCCUCCUGGACGGACUUUUGGCUUGCCGCAGAUGAGGCCAGCGCGGCCGACACCUGGGACUCCCCUCCGCCGCCGCCGGGCCCCCGCGUCGCGGCGUGGCGCGACCACUGGCGGCCGCUGCUGGACGACCUGAGCUUCGUGGCCGCCCUGGCGACGUGCGGCGCCGCGGCGGUGCACGAGAUGGGCGCGGAGGGGGCCGGCGAGCUGACGCGAACCACGGCGCUGCUGCUGGACUUCCUCCUCAACACCUCGUGCUACUCCACCGCCGCGGUCCUGGUCUCCGCGGCCGCCGACGCCGGCCUCCCCUUCUCCUGGCGCGGGGAGCCCCUGCCGGCGGCGGAGGAAUCCGCCGCCGAUGGCGCCGACGGCGCAGACAGCGCUGCCUGCGCCCCCGUCCCGAGGGGCAUGGGGCUGGCCGCCCUGGUCGCGUCAGAGCUGGCCGAGGAGGGCCAGGCGCGGCAGCAGGCGCAGCGCCGCAGGCGCGCCGCCCGCGUGGCCGACGUGGAGCGCGCCGUCCAGGCGGCGCGCGCGGCCGGCGCGGGCAGCUCCGGCGGGACCGGCGGGCUGCUCGAGGUCGCGCGUGCGGAGAUCAGUCUGCCCGCCACCUGCAGUGUUGAGGGGGUGCCGGACGCGACAGUCUCGGCCGGCCGGCUUUCAACGGAGCACAGGCUAUCGCACAUCCGCGCUCGUCGGCCGGGCUUGCUUUGGGGCGGCGCCAGCGGGCCGGGCCCGGCUGCGGGCGGCGGCGAUGCCAGCGCCUCCCCCCCUGCCGCCACCCCCGACGCCGCCGCGGCUGCCCACUUUGCGGCGCUCCCGCCGGGCACCGCGGGGCUGCGCACUGCGAUCGCGUGCCUGGCGGCGGCGUUGCUGGCGCAGGCAAUGCUGCUGAUGUGGCGGCGCUUUGCGAGCUGGUACGACGCGCACCGCGAGCCCUUCUGCGUGGCGACAGACGCCUUGAACACCGCCGUCCUGCUGGCGGGCGCCGUGGCGUGCAAGCGCCCGCUGUCGGGCGGCGCGCUGGGCACGCUGCGGCUGGCUCUGCUGGGCUGCUGCGGCUCGCUGUUCUAUUUCCAGGGCUCGACCAGCGGCGCCGCGCCGGGUGCCAUGCUCCUGUCGCACAUGCGGGUGCCCCUCGGCUUCCUGGAGCGCCCCUUCACCUUCCUCGUAAAGGGCGCCGCGCCCGGCCAGGCGUCUGACUGCGGCGGGCCGCCCGCGGCCGGGUGCCUGCCCGGCUGCCGCCUGGCGCGGCUCGAGGCGCUGGCGCGCGGGGCGGCGCCGCAGGAGGGCGGGGGCUAUUGGUGCAACACGGGCGAGGACGUGGGGUGCGCCAUGCAGCGCCCGCCGACCCCCGCCCCCGCCAGCGCCCCGCCGUUCGCGGGCGCGCCGCCGCCCGGCUACGUGGAGAUGCAGUGCGCGGUGCUGGUCGGCAGCGACAAUCGCGGCGACGGGGACGACGCGGCGCCGCGGCCGCCCUCUUGGCCUGCUAUCGGCACGCACGCCGACCGAGGCUGCUUCCAGCCCCCGCCUGCCGUCGCUGCGGCAGCCGCCGGCGCGGCAGAGGGCGCCCAGGUGUUUAGGGAGGUCCGCUGCACCCUGCUCGUGAGGGAGGGAUCCCUACGCCUCACGGGGGCCGACGCCGCGGGAGCCCUCCCCUGGCACAUCCCGCAGCGCCCCGGGGGCGUGACGGGCGGCGCCGGACGCGCGCCGCGCAGUGCUGGCAGGGACGCCCGGCGCCUCAGCUCCUGGGGCCGCGACGCCGCGCGCCGCCGAUCCUCGACCUCCGCGGUCGACUACAUGCGCGCCAAGGCCUCGGCGUCUGCUCCCUUUUGUCUCACCGGCGGCCUGGGGCCCACUCCGGGCGCCGUCGACGCCACGCAACCCCUAGCGGCGCUGGGGCUGCGCGAGCGCUGCGUGUCCCUGCUGGUGGCGGCGCCCGCGCUGAGCCUGGCCUGCGACCCGGCGCUCGCGACGGCGCUGCCCGGGUUCCAGGAGGUGCGCGUGACGCUGCUGGCGCGCGCGUGA